AUGGAGCCCCCCACCCACCCCGCGGACUCCGCGGACCCCGCUGCCCGCGAUGACCCUUCCACCUCCGCUGAGGAGCGCGCCAAGCAGCCCGACAAGUGGGCGCUGGUGCGCAACCUGAACCAAGUGUUGAAGACCUUCGCAGUCAUGCCGGGGGACUAUGUCUGGAUGGACCUGAGGUCUGGGCAGGAGUUUGAUGUGCCCAUCGGGGCAGUGGUGAAGCUUUGCGACUCUGGGCAGAUCCAGGUGGUGGAUGAUGAAGGCAACGAACACUGGAUCUCCCCGCAGAAUGCCACGCACAUCAAGCCCAUGCACCCUACGUCGGUCCACGGUGUGGAGGACAUGAUCCGCCUGGGGGACCUCAAUGAGGCCGGCAUCCUGCGCAACCUGCUCAUCCGCUACCGGGACCACCUCAUCUAUACGUAUACGGGCUCAAUCCUGGUGGCUGUGAACCCCUACCAGCUGCUCUCCAUCUACUCACCAGAGCACAUUCGCCAGUAUACCAACAAGAAGAUUGGGGAGAUGCCACCCCACAUCUUUGCCAUUGCUGAUAAUUGCUACUUCAAUAUGAAACGCAACAGCCGUGACCAGUGCUGCAUUAUCAGCGGGGAGUCUGGGGCAGGGAAGACAGAGAGCACCAAGCUGAUCCUGCAGUUCCUGGCGGCCAUCAGUGGGCAGCACUCGUGGAUCGAACAGCAGGUGCUGGAGGCCACCCCCAUCCUGGAAGCAUUCGGGAAUGCCAAGACCAUCCGAAACGACAAUUCAAGCCGCUUCGGGAAGUACAUUGACAUCCACUUCAACAAACGGGGUGCCAUCGAGGGCGCCAAGAUCGAGCAGUACCUGCUGGAAAAGUCACGCGUCUGUCGCCAGGCCCCGGAUGAGAGAAAUUACCACGUGUUCUACUGCAUGCUGGAGGGGAUGAGUGAGGACCAGAAGAAGAAGCUGGGCCUGGGCCAGGCCACGGACUAUAACUACUUGGCCAUGGGUAACUGCAUAACCUGUGAGGGCCGGGAGGACAGCCAGGAGUACGCCAACAUCCGCUCCGCCAUGAAGGUGCUCAUGUUCACCGACACCGAGAACUGGGAGAUCUCAAAGCUCCUGGCCUCCAUCUUGCACCUGGGCAACCUGCAGUAUGAGGCCCGCACGUUUGAAAACCUGGAUGCCUGUGAGGUCCUCUUCUCCCCGUCCCUGGCCACAGCUGCAUCCUUGCUCGAGGUGAACCCUCCAAACUUGAUGAACUGCUUGACCAGCCGCACCCUCAUCACUCGGGGGGAGACGGUGUCCACCCCGCUCAGCAGGGAGCAGGCGCUGGAUGUGCGAGAUGCUUUCGUCAAGGGAAUCUACGGGCGGCUUUUUGUCUGGAUUGUGGACAAGAUCAACGCUGCGAUUUAUAAGCCCCCGUCCCAGGAAGUGAAGAACUCUCGCCGCUCCAUAGGCCUCCUGGACAUCUUUGGGUUCGAGAACUUUGCUGUGAACAGCUUCGAGCAGCUCUGCAUCAACUUUGCCAACGAGCACCUGCAGCAGUUCUUCGUGCGGCAUGUGUUCAAGCUGGAGCAGGAGGAGUAUGACCUGGAGAGCAUCAAUUGGCUGCACAUCGAGUUCACUGACAACCAGGAAGCCCUGGACAUGAUCGCCAACAAGCCCAUGAACAUCAUCUCUCUCAUCGAUGAGGAGAGCAAGUUCCCCAAGGGCACGGACACCACCAUGUUGCAUAAGUUGAACUCCCAGCACAAGCUCAACACGAACUACAUUCCUCCCAAGAACAACCACGAGACCCAGUUUGGAAUCAACCACUUUGCCGGUGUCGUCUACUAUGAGAGCCAAGGCUUCCUGGAGAAGAACCGGGACACCCUACAUGGAGACAUCAUCCAGCUGGUCCACUCCUCCAGGAACAAGUUCAUCAAGCAGAUCUUCCAAGCCGACGUCGCCAUGUUUCUCUGUGGUUAUUCAUCGGGCACUCUCCGCCAGUCAGCAGCUUCUGCGAAGGGCGCGGAGACCAGGAAGCGCUCGCCCACACUCAGCAGCCAGUUCAAGCGGUCGCUGGAGCUGCUCAUGCGCACCCUGGGUGCCUGCCAGCCAUUCUUCGUGCGCUGCAUCAAGCCCAACGAGUUCAAGAAGCCCAUGCUGUUCGACAGGCACCUGUGUGUGCGCCAGCUGCGGUACUCCGGGAUGAUGGAGACCAUCCGAAUCCGCCGAGCUGGCUAUCCCAUCCGCUACAGCUUUGUGGAGUUUGUGGAGCGCUACCGAGUGCUGCUGCCUGGGGUGAAGCCGGCCUACAAGCAGGAUGACCUUCGGGGGACAUGCAAGCGCAUGGCUGAGGCUGUGCUGGGCACUCAUGAUGACUGGCAGAUCGGCAAAACCAAGAUCUUUCUGAAGGACCACCACGACAUGCUGCUGGAGGUGGAGCGGGACAAGGCCAUCACCGACAGAGUGAUCCUCCUCCAGAAAGUCAUCCGGGGAUUCAAAGACAGGUCCAACUUUCUGAAGCUGAAGAAUGCUGCCACCCUCAUCCAGAGGCACUGGAGGGGCCACAACUGCAGGAGGAACUACGAGCUGAUGCGGCUGGGCUUCCUGAGGUUGCAGGCCCUGCACCGCUCCCGGAAGCUGCACCAGCAGUACCGCCUGGCCCGGCGGCACAUCAUCGACUUCCAGGCCCGCUGCCGUGCCUAUCUGGUGCGCAAAGCAUUCCGCCACCGCCUCUGGGCCGUGCUCACCGUGCAAGCCUAUGCUCGGGGCAUGAUCGCCCGCAGGCUGCACCGGCGCCUCCGAGCUGAGUACCGGCGGCGCCUGGAGGCUGAGCGGAUGCGGCUGGCAGAGGAGGAGAAGCUCCGGAAGGAGAUGAGCGCCAAGAAGGCCAAGGAGGAAGCUGAACGCAAGCACCAGGAGCGCUUGGCCCAGCUGGCUCGUGAGGACGCAGAGAGAGAGCUGAAGGAGAAGGAGGAGGCUCGGAGGAAGAAGGAACUCCUGGAGCAGAUGGAGAAGGCCCGCCACGAGCCCAUCAAUCACUCCGACAUGGUGGACAAGAUGUUUGGCUUCCUGGGGACUUCAGGCGGCCUCCCAGGCCAGGAGGGCCAGGCACCCAGUGGCUUUGAGGACCUGGAGCGCGGGCGGAGGGAGAUGGUGGAGGAGGACCUGGACGCAGCCCUGCCACUGCCUGAUGAGGACGAGGAGGACCUCUCUGAGUAUAAAUUCGCCAAGUUCGCUGCCACCUACUUCCAGGGCACGACCACUCACACCUAUACCCGGCGGCCACUCAAGCAGCCGCUGUUGUACCAUGAUGAUGAGGGCGACCAGCUGGCGGCCCUGGCAGUCUGGAUUACCAUCCUCCGGUUCAUGGGGGACCUCCCAGAGCCCAAGUACCACACGGCCAUGAGUGACGGCAGCGAGAAGAUCCCUGUGAUGACCAAGAUUUAUGAGACCCUGGGCAAGAAGACAUACAAGAGGGAGCUGCAGACCCUGCAGGGCGAGGGUGAGGUCCACCUCCCCGAGGGGCAGAAGAAGAGCAGCGUGAGGCACAAGUUGGUGCACUUGACCCUGAAGAAGAAGUCAAAACUGACAGAGGAGGUGACCAAGAGGCUGCAUGACGGGGAGUCCACAGUGCAGGGCAAUAGCAUGCUGGAGGACCGGCCCACCUCCAACCUGGAGAAGCUGCACUUCAUNUGCUAUUUCCCUGGAAGGAGCCCCCCCUGUGACCUGCUCUGUCUCUGGCAGGAGUUGCCCAAGUAUCUCCGAGGCUACCAUAAGUGCUCGCGGGAGGAAGUGCUGCAGCUGGGGGCGCUGAUCUACAGGGUCAAGUUCGAGGAAGACAAGUCCUACUUCCCCAGUAUCCCAAAGCUGCUACGGGAGCUGGUGCCCCAGGACCUCAUCCGGCAGGUCUCACCUGACGACUGGAAGCGGUCCAUCGUCGCCUACUUCAAUAAGCACUCAGGGAAGUCCAGGGAGGAGGCCAAGCUGGCUUUCCUGAAGCUCAUCUUCAAGUGGCCCACCUUCGGCUCAGCCUUCUUCGAGGUGAAGUUGUAA